GUCCCCAGUUACUUUUCUACCUUUUCAACUAAAUGGAUUCCACUGAGAGCACCUACAGAUAGGAUCAAAUCUUUUCGCUUCAAUAAGUAGAUAAUAAAUGAGUAUUUUCCCAUUUCAGAGGCUGCCCUAGCAGCCUGACUCAAAUUGAAUAGACCUGAACUGAUCGUAGGAUUUGACUCACUGAACUGUGCAGCGACCCGACAGGCGAGGGAGACCCAACAAAAAACAAAAAACAAAAAACAAACAAACUAACAAAAGCAAUCCUCCAAGAAGCUUCCUCUGUGAGUCGUGGACUCCAGGACUCAGCGCCCGACCCGCCGCGUGAACUGGCUGGGGUGCCCGCCAGGGCGUGACUAUUUCUGUCCCUUCGCAGCCGCCGUCCACAGCGCCCAGCUGCGCCCAAAGCCCGUAGAGAGGACGGGCUGACCCCUGACCUGGGCUCUCCGCAGGACAGACCAUGAAGCUGAAAGAACUUGAGCGGCCCGCUGUCCAAGUGUGGAGCCCAGCCAGCCAGUACCCUGUGUGUCUGGCUACAGGAACUUCUGCUCAGCAGCUAGAUGCCUCCUUUAGCACAAAUGGCACGUUGGAAAUCUUCGAGGUUGAUUUCAGGGACCCCUCUUUGGACCUGAAACGCAAGGGAGUCCUUUCUGCCUCUAGCAGGUUUCACAAGCUGAUCUGGGGGAGCUUUGGCAGUGGGCUUCUGGAAGGCUCCGGAGUUAUUGCAGGUGGCGGGGACAAUGGCAUGCUUACUCUAUACAAUGCAGCCCACAUCCUGUCUUCCGGGAAGGAGCCCGUGAUUGCCCAAAGACAGAAGCACACGGGGGCUGUCAGAGCUCUUGACUUUAAUCCUUUCCAGGGCAACCUCCUUGCUUCUGGGGCCAGUGAUUCUGAAAUAUUCAUUUGGGACCUGAAUAACCUAAGUGUGCCAAUGACCCCAGGAUCCAAAUCGCAGCAGCCUCCAGAGGACAUUAGAGUACUCUCUUGGAAUCGGCAAGUUCAACACAUUCUGUCUUCUGCUCACCCCAGUGGGAAGGCAGUUGUGUGGGAUCUCAGAAAGAAUGAACCCAUCAUCAAAGUCAGUGAUCACAGCAACAGGAUACACUGUUCGGGCCUGGCCUGGCACCCAGACAUAGCCACUCAGUUGGUGCUCUGCUCAGAAGAUGAUCGGCUCCCGGUGAUUCAGCUGUGGGACUUGCGCUUUGCCACCUCACCCCUGAAGGUGCUUGAGAGCCACAGCAGGGGAAUCUUGUCGGUGUCAUGGAGCCAGGGUGAUUCUGAGUUGCUGCUCAGUAGUGCCAAGGACAACCAGAUCUUGUGCUGGAACCUAGGGAGCAGUGAGGUGGUGUAUAAACUACCCACACAGAACAGUUGGUGUGUCGAUGUGCAGUGGUGCCCUCGGGACCCUCCAGUGUUCUCUGCUGCCUCCUUUGAUGGAUGGAUCAGUUUGUACUCUGUGAUGGGUAGGAGCUGGGAUGUCCAGCAAUUGAGACAAGUUGACAAGAUCUCUUCUUCCUUCAGCAAAGGCCAGCCUCUCCCACCAUUGCAGGUGCCAGAGCAAGUGGCCCAAGCAUCACUAAUACCUCCUCUGAAGAAACCCCCAAAGUGGAUGAGAAGGCCAGCAGGUGUUUCAUUUGCAUUUGGUGGGAAGCUGGUUACCUUUGGCCUCCCCAGUAUCCCUGCCCAUCAGGUGCCACAGUCUCGCCUCCACCUAGUCUAUAUCAGUCAAGUCACCACAGAAUCUGAAUUCCUGAUGCAGUCAGCUGAGCUUCAGGAAGGUUUGGGGUCAGGAAACCUCCUGAGUUAUUGUCAGAAUAAGAUUCGGCAAGCGUCAACACCAAGCGAGAAGAUGCUUUGGCAAUUCCUGCAGGUGACCUUAGAGCAAGACUCCAGAAUGAAAUUCUUAAAACUGUUAGGAUACAGUAAAGAUGAGCUCCAGAAGAAGGUGGCUACAUGGUUGAAGAGUGACUUGCAGGGUGAGAGCCCUCAGCCCAAAGGAGAUAACCUCAGUAGUAACAGAGAACAUGUCUUCUGCAGCCAGGGCUCCAAACACACCACUGAGGAAGCCUCUGAUUCCUCAACCUUCUUUGACGAUCUGGUCCCUCAGAACCUGACUCCAUGGCAGAUCCCUCUCACAGAAGAUACAGAUGGACUCCUGAGCCAGGCCCUCCUGCUUGGAGAGUUGGGCCCUGCUGUGGAGCUGUGUCUGCAGGAAGAGCGCUUUGCUGAUGCUAUCAUUCUGGCCCAAGUUGGGGGCGCAGAACUGCUGAGGCAAACACAAGAACACUACUUGGCCAAAAAGAAAACCAAAAUCUCCUCGCUUCUGGCCUUUGUUGUGAGGAAGAAUUGGAAGGAUAUGGUGUACGCCUGCAGCCUACAGAACUGGAGAGAGGCACUGGCUCUGCUACUGACAUAUUCGAGGCCAGAGAAGUUCCCUGAACUCUGUGACAUGCUGGGUACACGCAUGGAACAGGAGGGUGACGGGGCACUAAACUCUGAAGCCAAACUCUGUUAUGUGUGCUCAGGGAGUGUGGAGCGGCUUGUAGAGUGCUGGGCAAAAUGUCACCAGUCCUCAUCCCCCCUGGCCCUACAGGAUCUGAUGGAGAAGGUGAUGGUCCUUAACAGAAGCUUGGAGUCACUGCCAGGUCCUGAUGGGAUGAGCCCAGGUCCUGCCACAACCUACCGAGUCACUCAGUAUGACAACUUCCUGGCUUCCCAAGGCAACUUGGCCACUGCCAUGAGCUACCUGCCGAAUGACAGCGUUCAGCUACCAGUUGAGCAGCUGCGAGAUCGACUAUAUCAUGCCCAAGGUUCUAAUGUCCUGGGCCAACCACCUCCCCCUUUCCCCUUCCCACGGGUUAUUGUGGGAGCUACCUCCUGCCCUAGAGAUACAACAGCUUACAGAUUGCGGUUCCAGCCUUCUCACCAGGUACCAACUGCAUCUCCAAGGCCAAGGAUUUCCACACCUCACUCAUCUCUAGUGAUGUCCUUGACUCCUUCCGACCCUAGCCCUUCCCAGGGUUCCAGAAUGCAGAAUAUCAGUGACUGUAGAGCACCUGGGCCUCAGGUAGCCCAGUCUUUGUCCAUGAGCCCUGGAGUAAGGCCUGCUUUAUCUCAGCCGCAGCAAUUAGAUAGGCAGAAGGCACAAACUCUGUACCCUGUCGGGUUCCCUGGAACAUGGCCUCUUCCUGUUCCUCCGCCGCCCAUGGCACCCCAAGACAUCCUGCAGCUCGGCGCCACAGCCCUGCCUGAGACUCCUCAGCUGCUUCCUGUGAGACCAUCAAGUCUCACUCCUCUGAGCUCCCAGCCUCCAGCCCCUCCUGUCAGCUUCCCUAUUAUGCACCCUCCAGGAGGCCCAGGUGGUCCAUGCUUUAGUGCCCUCCCAAACACUGGUAUCUUGACUCCUCACACAGGACUUCAAGAUUCCUUGAAAAAUGCUCCAGUUCCCAAGGGAAACCGUCAGGAGAAAAAGCUGCCAGAGACAUUUUUGCCUCCAACAACAAUUACUGCCCCAGUUAUGAACCUUACCUCCGAGCCACGAGGGAUCCUCUCCUCACAGCCCCCUGUCCCCAGUGUGGGUCAUGCUCCCCCUGGAGCACCAGGAGAACACAGUCUGCAGCCACUUCAGCAACAGCCACCUGAGAAGACAGAAAGGAAGGAGCUGCCCCCAGAGCACCAGUCUUUGAAGACUAGCUUUGAGGCACUUGUACAGCGCUGCGCCCUGUGUGCCACAGACUUAAAGACAAAGCGGAAGCUGGAAGAGGCAGCCCAACGCCUAGGUCAUCUAUAUGAGAAGCUCUGUGAGGGGACACUCUCGCCUCAGGUCCUGGCUGGGCUCCACGAGCUUGCUCGCUGUGUGGAUACAGGAAACUUUGAGCAGGGCCUCACAGUGCACACCCAGGUAGUGGGCUGCAGCAGAUUCAGUGAAGUCUCCAGCUUCAUGCCUGUCCUGAAGGUUGUCCUCACCAUUGCUCAUAAGCUGCACCUCUAAACCAGACAGCCUCUUUUGUAAAGAGGCACUUCUGCCGUCACUCAACAAACCCUCCAAACGGGGGGCUUAAGAACAGAUUGUUUACCCCAUCUCUCUUCCCUUGCUGGCAGGUAUGUGAUGCUGUGGGCUUGGCUCCAAACCUGCUGAGUUUUCACCCCUUUGUGUCUGGGGUCUAGAGUCUAUCCAGGGUUUUUUCUACAUGGGAGGCAGAGCAUCGAGCCAGGCGUUUAUAGUUUGUCUAAUGCACUCUGACAAGUCCUGGGGCAGGCUAUCCGUCUCCCCAGGUAUGUUCUGUUCGCUAGCUUCUGAGAAGGUGAGCAGGUGUGCCACCAUAUCUACCUCUGCCGAAUCUACCUUGUGGGCCUUUUUUUUUUUUUCCCCUCUGUGGUUAUGAGCCUGAAUUUACCUCCUGGACUUCAUAUUUCCAGAUCACUAUUUCUCUGAACCCCAAAGGUUGGAGUAAAAUUGGGUAUUGUUCACUUUUUGAAAGGAAGCAUGGGUCUAAGGGAUGGUUGCUUAGCAGAAAUAAGAGAACGAACUUUGACUUUUUCUUUUCUUUUUUGACACCAGGGUUAUUGCUGCAUAACAAAUCAACUGCUCCUCACAGCCAUCCCCCCCCCCCACCCUUCUUUUCCCCUUUCUAUUUUGAUAGGACAGAGAGUAAUUGAGUAGGGGAAGAGAGACACCUGCAAAUCUGCUUUACUGCUCAUGAAGCGUACAAGUGUUUGGCCCAUUUAAAGGCAAUCUAUCCUACGCCAGCAUUUUUAAGGAUGGUCUGGGUUAGGUGGAAGGGCUGCACGGCCUUUUGCUGGAAGCUGUUCUGGGCUGUGAGGUAGCAAAGGAACCACUGCCCACGGGGACGGCCCUGACUUGUCUGAACCCUGGGUUGUUCCUCCUGUGAUUAUAAACUCAAUCCUGGGAUGAAGCCAGGUUAGCAAAAGACUCUUUCAUAACAGUUUUCCUCAAGGGUUGGAGACCCUCCUUCCCACAGCCUCCACAUGUCAGGGCUGCCUUCUCCUGAGGCGCUUUCAUGGCUGUUCUGCAUUUGAUGUGCCAGCGUCUGUAAUGUGAAAUAAAGUAGUGUUGAUUUGGU